AUGACUCACAGUGAAGCUACACCUGCUGUACCUUCCUCUAAAACUGUGUUACCAAUCUACGAAGCUCCUCAGACGGGGUUCAUCUCUCACCUGCCUGGGACCUGGAUACCAUACGCGGAGUUAAUGCGCCUCGACAAGCCAGCCGGAACAUAUUACCUCUUCUUUCCAUGUCUCUUCUCAACGCUGCUAGCAGCCUCCUAUACAGCGUCUGGCCUACUCCCCGUCUCAACCACUACGUUGUGCUUCUUCAGCGGCGCGCUGAUAAUGCGUGGUGCUGGUUGUACCAUCAAUGACCUCUGGGAUCGCAACCUGGACCCUCACGUGGCCCGUACACGUCUUCGACCAAUAGCUCGCGGUGCAGUCACGCCUUUCAAAGCUUUGAUCUUCACCGGUUUUCAACUCUUAGCAGGUCUAGGCGUCCUUUUGCAGUUUCCGGCAUCGUGCCUUUACUACGGCAUACCCAGUCUCUUGCUGGUUGCCACAUAUCCUCUUGCUAAAAGAGUCACACACUAUCCGCAAUUUGUGCUGGGGCUGACCUUUUCCUGGGGUGCGUUUAUGGGGUUCCCAGCCUUGGGAGUGGAUCCGCUAGCGGACUCUGCGGUCCUCAAAGCCAUGGCGGCACUAUAUGCAAGUUGUGUUUCCUGGACCGUAUCGUACGAUAUGAUCUAUGCCCAUAUGGACAUCAAAGAUGAUGCCAAAGUGGGCAUCAAAAGUAUCGCAUUACGACACGAGAAAGAGACGAAGGCUGUCUUGUCCGGCCUGGCAGUUGUGCAGGUCGGCUUGCUGGCCGCGGCUGGAACAGCAGCAGGUGUAGGUCCAGUCUUCUUCAUAGGCAGCUGUGGCUCUGCAGCUGCUACGUUAGGCUUCAUGAUAUGGAAAGUGAGGCUAAACGAAAUAAGCAAUUGUUGGUGGUGGUUCACAAACGGAGCAUGGUUGACUGGAGGGGGAAUUGCAGGUGGAAUGCUUGCGGAAUAUGUGCUCAAUUCCCAACAGAAGAUAGAAGCGACAGAGUCUGACGGCUAG